GACUCAAGAUUGAACAGCUUUAAAUGUACCUUCCUUAGAUUUAAUAAUGUUUGAAACUUCCGUUAUUACACUCUAACCCUAAUUCACAUGGAGGAGCAGUAAGCUUAAAACACUAAAAAAUCCCAUAGGAUUGUUUGUAACAAUACAGUAAUGAUCAACCCUCUGGAAAGCAUCCCAGCCAGUCAAGUGAAAAUAACUUUACAGCCCAAGGUCAAGGAGACACUUGAAAAAGACCUAGGGAAGCGAUGGUAGGAUGCAGGGCUGAAAACUGGGAAUGCGCCACGGGGGGCUGUGCCGCCUGUGAGUUUUGCAUGGGGAGAGCUGGAAGCUGCUUCAGGUAAAGUUUUCCGGGUCCCGUUUACCUGGGUCAAACCAGAGGAGAGUUUGACCUGGGGAAGCUGCAGGGAGCUAAUCGAGGAGGCAGCGGUGGGGGGAUAAAGUCCAGAUUCCUUCCAGCAAGUCUAAUCUCUGGCAAGUGUGCGCGCACAAGCAGCUUCCUUCUCCAGCUCGGCUGUCGGCGGUUCUGCAGGAGGACACAGCCCUGCGUCCCCGCAGUCUCCGUGCCUCGGGAGGGAAGGGAGAGGAGCGCGGCCGGCCCGGGAGGCGGGGGCUGGCAGCGGGGAGAAGCGCAGACCUGGAGAGGGAGGGGAGAGCGGGCUGAGGGCUGCGCCCCACCCGCCAGCGCUUGCCUCCUCCUGGAUUUAAGGUGCGAGAGAAACCCAGGGGCAUGUUCUCCGCCCUUAUUCUCUCCCCUCUUUUUCUCCUUUCCAAAGAUGAUAACCAAGGAGAAGAGAUGGGGAGAGACAGGGGAAAGUGAAAUUCUAAGAUGCUGCUGGGAACUUUGAUCCCUUCCCCUGCAUCCCUUUCCGUGCACAGAAAUGGAAGAGGCAUCCCACUCACUUGGGUGCGGAGCCCUGCUCCCGGGGAAGCCCAGCUGCAGAGCCCGAGGAGGAGGCAGCAGCUGAGCCUGGCAGCUGAACGGCAAUGUGAUGCUUGAAGAAGCUUCUGCCCACUUUGCACAGGAGGGAUGGAGAUCCCCAAAGUACUGGGGCUCCUCAUAGAGCUCUCCAGUCUGUUAUCCUGUCUCAGAUGUGUGGAGGUAAGAAACGGUUAUUCUUCUAUCUGCUUGUGCAAAGUCACAUGGCUCUUUUAAUGUCCUCACUGUAAGUGGAUCUUGUUAUUACUUGAAUAUGUUUUCCAAAGCAUCUAGGCAGCUGUGGUCUCUGGGAAGAGCUGGGGGCUUGGGGAGGGAUUUAUUUCAUUGUGCAUAUGAAAUCCAGACAAGGAAACAAAUCAGGGAAGCAGGAUGCACAAGAGCUUGCAGAUGCUUUGGCUCAGGUUUCUUGUGUUUCUCAGGCACUGCAGUGACCCUGGCAGGAAAGAUCCAUUGUUUCUGCUCUUUGAUGAUGGACUGAUUACCCCUGUUGCUGUUAGGAAGAGAUGAUUUAUAGCCACAUGGAUGUGGGGCAGUGACUACAGCACAUAGCGUCUGCACUAAGAUUUGGUCAGUCUUAGCUGAGAUGGUCAGUGCUGGGGUGUUUUGGAAGCUGCUACGUGAACUGGCAGCAACUAAUCUUUCAUUAGAAGGGAAGCAUAUUACAUGGACUGCAAUUCUUUUAUUUAUGGUCCAUCUCCAAGAGCAGGUUCAGGCUUUCAUGUACGGCCUGUUAUUAGUCCAACCCAUCCCUCUGUUGCCUGCGGGCUUACAUGUGUGUGCAGCUGCACAUUAAAUGCUAGGAGUCAGGGGACCUGGAGUGUGGCUCAGUCAGCUGUUUGGUGCUGUCACAAAAGUGUGGCUUAGCUCACUUUCCUCUCUUUGCAAAUAUCUGAGAGAUCCUCAGAUAAGUCCUUUGGCAUUGAUACUUCACAGACCAUUAUGUGGGAUUUCAACAGCCUGAUACAUGCAGAUGGAUUUUUGGCUGAAAAGCAUUUGUCAGUUAAAUGCUGUUUUAUCCAUGCAUCCCUUGUGUAUGUGCAGCUGAGAUCUGAUCUGCUGUUUCUGAGCCAUGUCAGGAUUUCAUGUUCGAUAUGUAGUGUCACAUUCUGACUUCUAGAGGGUGAUGGUGGAGCUUGGCCAUGGUUGCCAACACUUGAUGUACCAUACUCACAAGCUUGUUUUAAAAGGAAAGAUGUCUGCUUGAGGAGGUGUCAUUCUUGUCAGGUAUCUAUGGGAACUAUCUCUACUUAUUCUAGAGGGGGGGUUGAUUUAAUUCCAGAUUUUACACUUCCCCUUUUCCAGGGAAAGGUGGAGCUGAGAGAAGCAAAAUUACUGCAUUUGAAGAAAACCAGAACCAUUUCCAAUAGCUGGUAGUCUUUAUAUGCAUAACUCUGCUCCGUGAAUAACAAGGCCUUGUUCAUAUAGGAAUAUAAGAAACAUUCAUUUAGAAGUAUUUAGAAAUUAAUUAAACUCCAAGGAGUUAAUAGAAGCAUGUACAGUUUCUUCUCUUCACUCUGCUCUGUGAAGAUCUUGCACCUGCCUGCACAUCAUGUAAUGGUACUGAGUGGAGAUCCCUAUCUUUCAGCCCGCAAUCAAGUUAUAACCACCAAAAACACUGCCUAUAAGAGGAAAUACAGUUUGGGGGCUGAGCAGGAUGCUGGAAUUCUGAAGACUCUGUUUCGUAUUUUUUGUUCUUAGUAAUUUAACCCCAUUGGGAUAAUAGUACCAUAGGCCAUACCAUAUUCUCAUGUAUUAAAACCAAAAUCCCCCAAAAGCAUUGUUGUAUUUCUUCUUUAGGCGUUUCCCCAUUUUGUACACUUAUUACUAUUUUAACAGGGAUCCUUGGGGGCACCAUCCCAUCACAUAGAUACAUCUCUGUUUGCUGCUGUUGCCAUAGAUGGCUUGCCCUAGAAAUGGGGAGAGAAUGAGUGGUUAUUCAUUAUUUUCCUUACUGGCUUUCCUGGGAUCCCAGCCCAACCAAAACCAUUUGCAGAGUACAGCAUCCAGCGUGUGUGGUGUUGGACCUCUUGGGUAUUACAAUGGUUCACUGGCGGUCACUGAGGCUGGGGCAGAGUGCCUCAACUGGGCAGACUUCCCCGAUUAUGUUCAGCAGUACCCAGACCGCGGCUUGGGGGACCACAACCACUGCAGGAACCCGGACGGGGGAACUACACCCUGGUGCUUCUACCGGCUUGCAUCAGGGGCCAUCAGCUGGGCUAACUGUGACUGUAACCAAGGUGCUGUGCGAUUGGCUGAAGAUAGUAGUGUGGAGCUGUACUUCAAUGGACUCUGGGGCACCAUCUGUGCUGACUACUGGACUGACUGGGAUGCCAGUGUUGUCUGCAGGCAACUAGGUCUCAGUGAGAUCGGCUCAGCUGGGAAGAAGAGUCACCCUGGACUGUGGCCUGUUCCCCUGCACCUGCAGUCAGCAAACUGCCAUGGGGAUGAGAAAGCCCUGCUGGAGUGUGGCUACCGGGAAGCUGUGUCAGGAGUUUGUAAGCAGGGGAGUGCCAUGGCAACCUGUGUCCCUCCAGAAGGUGUAGAUGCCCCGCUGCGUUUAGUUGGGGGAAAGGAGAGCUUUGAAGGACGAGUGGAGGUUUACCAUGAUGGCAAGUGGGGUACCAUCUGUGAUGACCAGUGGGAUGACCGGGAUGCUGAAGUAGUCUGUAGGCAGCUGGGACUCAGUGGGAACCCAAAAGCCUUGUCGUGGGCUCACUACGGGCAGGGAUCUGGCCCAAUCCUGCUGGAUGAAGUGGAAUGCUCAGGCAAUGAACUCUCACUUGACCAGUGCAAGAAGAGUGACUGGGGACAGCAAAACUGUGACCACAUUGAAGACGCUGGGGUCUCCUGUGACCCUUUCACAGAGGGCACCAUCAGGCUGGCUGGUGGCCGCAGCCCCAGUGAAGGCAGGGUAGAAGUUUAUUACAAUGGAGACUGGGGCACAGUGUGCGACGAUGGCUGGACAGACCUCGGUGCCCAGGUAGUCUGCAGGCAGCUGGGCUUCAGUGGUCCUGCUACCCUUGCCUCUGAAGGGGACUAUGCUGCUGGCCAAGGCUUUAUCUUACUGGAUGAUGUGGCUUGUGUGGGGACAGAGCUGUCCCUCCUGGACUGUCCCCACAGCAACUGGGGGCAGCAUGACUGCUCACACGCUGAGGAUGUGGGAGUCCGCUGUUCCCUGGAGAGCAACACAGUCAUGGAUGACAGCCUGGGACCUCCUGUGCGGCUCAUGGAUGGAGAAAGCACCAAGGAGGGACGAGUUGAGGUAUUCCUGAAUGGGCAGUGGGGCAGUGUCUGUGAUGAUGGCUGGACAGACAGCGAUGCUGCAGUGGUUUGCAGGCAGCUGGGAUUCAGUGGUACAGCAAAAGCCAGGGCAAUGGCUUAUUUUGGUGAAGGCCAUGGACCCAUCCAUCUGGACAACAUAGAAUGCAGAGGCACAGAGAACACCCUGGGGCAAUGUGUGAGGCCUGACACAGGGAUUCACAGCUGCUGGCACAGUGAAGAUGCUGGUGUGAUCUGUGACUAUGUGGAAGAGAAGGUGCAAGGUAUCAGGAGAACAGGUCCAGAGUCUGGUGUGUGCGGGAUGCGCCUGCUUCACCGUCGCAAGAAAAGGAUCAUAGGUGGAAAGAAGUCCCUCAGAGGCAGUUGGCCAUGGCAGGCCUCACUGCGGUUGAAGGGUUUUCAUCGAGAUACUCGUCUGCUGUGCGGAGCAACCCUGAUCAGCAGCUGCUGGGUAGUGACUGCAGCCCACUGCUUCAAAAGGUUUGGUGUUGAUGUGCGGCGCUACCUGCUGCGGGUGGGUGAUUACCACACGGGUGUGAAGGAUGAGUUUGAGAGGGAGCUGCCCGUGGAGCGGAUUGUCCUCCACAGGAACUACUGGGCUGGCAGCAAUGAUAACGACAUUGCCUUGGUCCGAAUGCGGGGCAGAGAGGGGCACUGUCUCUCCUUCAAUCACCACGUUCUGCCUGUCUGCCUGCCUGACAGGAAAGAGAAGUCUGACAUCAACAGGCAAGCCUGCAUCAUCUCUGGUUGGGGAGACACAGGGAAGUCCUAUUCAAGAACCCUGCUGCAGGGGGUGGUGCCUCUUCUCCCACGGGAAGACUGUGAGGCCCGCUAUGGGCACAAGUUCACGAACCGCAUGAUUUGUGCUGGGAACCUCUCUGAAGACAAGCGGGUGGACAGCUGCCAAGGCGACAGCGGAGGGCCACUCAUGUGCCAGAGGCCAAACGGGCGCUGGGUCAUUGUGGGGAUCACCUCCUGGGGUUAUGGCUGUGGUCGGAAAGAUUCCCCCGGUGUGUACACGAAGGUCAGCAAAUACGUACCCUGGAUCAAGAGAGUGACCAAGCUAAAAUGACAAUGUCUGAGCUCUAGGAACUUCAACAUAUGGCCCUAUUGCCCUACAGCAGUGGAAGGCUGUGGCUCCUGGCCUGUGGCUGGUGGAGACUGGACACUGGGAAAAGACUUUCAUGUAGAACUGGGAGAAAAACAGUUACAGCUGAUUCUGCAAAGUCUUUGGUUUCACUUUAGUCUGUGAUGUCUGAGCAGAGAAAGCAAGUGCUCACUGGUAAGAAUGAUAAGUCUAUGUUGCUCUGACUACCUGAGUCCUGUAACGCAAUCACGCUUGUUGCCCUGCACACAGAAAUGUGUAAGUGGAGAGAUACCUGCCUCUGUAAAUCUGUUCCGGGGUUUGUAUGUUUGCACAGUUGAAAAAUGCUGCAAGCAGACAUGAGAUGCUUGGAAGAUGGCACCAGGCUCCGGCACAGCUGAAAUCUUCAGAUUUUCUUUUUGUAACAGCUCUCCAAUUCUGAGAAUCAGAGAUUUAAGCUGAGCUGAGGAACAGGACAACAGCUGGGUCUUUUCCUUCUCUGUUAUGUCUCAAGGGUGAAUCUUUUCUUUUCUGAAUAGUAGAUCUGCUCCCAUAUGAUCCCUUUAAAGUAUCUUUCCCUGCUAAAAGAUGCUUGUCCCUCCUUCUGUAAUCCUCUAUCACAUGUUUCCAGCUGCCAGAUGCUAUGGUUUUAUUGCUACUUUCUCAAUAUAGUGGUUUCUUUUGUGUUCAUUAGGUUUAGUUGUUUUUUGGUUUGUUUUGUGUUUUUUUUUUUUUUUCUUAAAGCAGCAUCUCCUAGAAUCAGUUUUUCAUGUAAGAGUAAAUCUUAAUUUUUUUAGGAGACAGUAGCUUUCUUGCCCUUGUGUUUACUACAAAGAACUUAAAACUGUGACCUCAAAAGUCUGAACAGACAUGUUCUUUUACUUUAAAUCCAAAUGUAAUGUUUAUCUCAAACAUUCAGGUGUUGAAUCACUGUUUAACAGCACUGCGGCAGCUUUCUCUUGAUACUUUAUUCAUCUUAGCUGCCCUUUAUUUGUGAUGUUAGUCUUUAAUAGCUCUGUGCUCACAGUUCUCCCAUGAAAUACAGAAAUACUCCUGUGGUACAGAUGCACCUCAAGCAAGUUACUC